CUUUGCGCUUAUUAUCACAACGAGAAGUAAAUUCGUAACGACACAUUUUGUCUUGACAGAUCCGUUUGUUGCUCUUCACGACAAAGCCGAAAUUCAAUUUCAAUUCAGUACUCGCAACGAGCACCCGUAGCUUUUCUGUGUGUGGAUUGAAACGAUAAAAAGAACUCGCGUCCACCGUCAAAGAAAGAAAAGAAAAAUAAAAUAUUUCAAUAAGUUAAAUAAUACAGCAAAGGAAUUCAUUAUUAAGAAGAAAAAACUUCAAAAAAGAAGAAGAGGAGGAGGAAAAAUACACAAAAAACGCCGUUGUUGUUCGGAGAGUCUCCUUUUAGAAUCGAACCUUAUUUUUUUUUUAAAUUAAUAUUCAGUGUUUAUCUGGCGUUCAAGUCAUACAGAGGUGGCAGUCGCAUCGCGUGCUGUUGAUGUGAAUACAAUUUUUUUUCCCCGAAAAAGAUCUGAACUUUUAAUUUGAACCGUUUUUAUUGAAACAUUGCCAAAACGUUGUCCACAACGAAGUACAAUAAUCCAAUUAAAUCCAAAAAAUCAUCCAAUACGCACAAACAAAGAGAAAUUCAUAGCAUUCGAUUAAUUGCGUUGCCAAUCGUUAAGAAAAAGAAAAAGUGUAAAAAGAAAUAUUUCUGUAAAUUUCGUGUGCCACAAUUAAGUGAACUGAAUCGUGUGACCGAGUGAAAUUGACAUUAAAUUUUUAAAUUUAACUAAAAACGAUUUUAUGAUUUGAUAUCAUGGAUCUGAAUACAAUUUGCGAUUAUUUGAUUUUCUUUGGUUUUUUGGUCGGUUCAACACUGUUUCCGUUAUGGGGCAGUUUGAUUCGUAAGAAGAAGCAAAACGAUCAAUCAGACACAAAAGCAAAUUAUGUAUUUGCAACAGGACAGGUUGGAAUUUUCGCAAUGAUGCUGUCGAUUGCUCGAGGAACUUUGGGAGUUCGGGCAUUUUUAGGCUACCCCAGUGAAUUAUUUUACCGUGGUGUUGGCAUGUGGGAAACAAUUUACGGGUUGGCGUCUGCCUAUCCCAUUGUAUGCUUUGUUUUUGUUCCAAUUUACCUCAACCUCGGCAUCACGAGCGUUUAUCAAUAUCUUGACUAUCGAUUCAAAAGUAAAUUGGUUCGUCGCUUGGCAUCGGGUACAUUUAUUGCACGUAAUGUAUUUAUCAUGGGAAUCACAAUGUACACACCUUGUGUAGCUCUCAAUACAGUUGCUGGAAUUCCAUACUGGGCAUCAUAUUUGCUAAUGACAGCUUUGGGCAUCCUAUUCACAAUUUUCGGCAAUCUUAAAAGUGCCAUCACGGCUGAUGUUAUUCAAGGAAUCACAAUGAUUAUUGUGUCAUUUGGGGUAAUUGCACAGGGUGCAUAUGAUGCUGGUGGUGUGAAAAAAGCCGUUACAAUCAAUCGCGAACAUGGUCGUUUAGACUUUUUCACAUUCAGCGGUGACAUUACAACUAGAAUCGACACGUUGUCCGCUUGGUUGGGACAAUUGUUCAUUUCGUUAAGUGUGCUCGGUUGCCAACAAAAUAAUGUACAGCGUUAUAUGUCGAUGAAAUCACAAAAAGACGUCACACGCACACUUAUGGCAAAUGUACCUUUCGUCACUUUCUUGUUUUCAUUAUCGUGGCUUGUCGGUAUGGGCAUCUAUGCAACUUACUUCAAUUGCGAUCCAUACAAAGCUGGAUUAAUCGAGAAAACCGAUGAAAUUUUGCCAUUCUUCAUUUUGGAGCGUCUAACCUAUAUUCCUGGCUUCUUGGGCUUGUUUAUGGCCACAUUAUUCAACGGUUCAUUGUGCAUUUAUGUAUCAACGCUUAACUCAGUGGCAACUGUUACCUGGGAGGAUUUCAUUUCACACAUGCCAGUCUUCCGGAAAUUUGCUGAUUUCAAACAAUUGUGCGCGAUUAAAGCACUUGGUGUAACAUACGCCAUUAUUUGCAUGGGAUUGGCCUAUGUUGUAUCCAUGUUUUCGGGAGUCAUUGAGAUUUCCAUGUUUGUAAAUGCAGCCACAUCUGGUACGUUGAUCGGUGUAUUCAUAUUGGCUAUGUUGAUUCCAUUUGCAAAUGGAAAAGGUGCAUCGGUCGGAAUGAUCGCAUCACAUACCACAAUUAUUGCAUUGUCAAUUGCCUCUUACUUGGGUGAUAACAUGAUGAAAACGGAAUUCUUACCAACAUCCAUCGAAGGUUGUAAUAAAACUGCCAAUCACACAUCUUUAUUUGCUGGGGAUAUGAGUGAAUAUGAACGUAUGAGCCGCCUUAAUUUGACUUUCUAUGAAGCUCCAUUGGCUGAAGAUAUUGUUGUUGAAAGAUCAUUCGUGGAAUCGUUCCUCAAAAUGAGCUAUAUGUACUACAGCGUGUUCGGUAGCAUUGUCACCGUUGUUGUUGGUUGUAUAGUCAGUUUGUUCACAACUUCACAUUUAUAUGAUUCAACGCUUGUACAUCCCGUGGUUUCACGAUUUGUAAAACCAAAAACCGAAUUGCCGGUUAUCAACGAAAAACAACCACAUCGAAUAAUCAAUUCAAUUUCGGCUCCGGAAAAAUUAUGCGAAAAACUCUAAACGCCAUCAAUUACUUAAUGGAGUGGAAGAAAUGGAAGACCCAAGACGGACUGAAAUUUGAAAAGCGUCAGGGGCUUUAUGACUGCUACUUCAAUAUCUAUGUAUAUCUCUAUCGGCCUGUACUUCGGAUAACAAACACCAUCAUUCAACGCCGCAUUGGAAUUCACAUUUUAAAAUUGUCAAUUACAAUGCAGUAUUAAUUCCUAUUAGUAAAUUAUGUACAAACACUCAGUGGCCAAAUUUCAAUUUGAAUGAAUUUCGGUUUCGAACGUUUCAUAGUGUUUAGUAUAUUGUUACGAAUGUGUAUUACAUUUACCAAAUAUUGUUUUCAUUGAAAUUGCAAUGUUCAAUGGCAAUUUAGUCAGAUGCACUUAAAUCAGGUAGUUCAACAUGCAUCAAAAACAAACUAUUACUUAAAUUAGCAUUAUUAUCAAAUCAAUUAGACUAGAUCAUUUUUAAAUUUUAUUCGUUAUUUAUAUACAGAUUUAAGACUCUUGUUUAGCGAGUAACGUGAACUGUGUUAUGUUGUUAUGAGAUAUGCUUAUUUUUAUACAGGCUAUUCGAUAAGUCAGUUCGUAAGAAGUGUUUAAGUUGUGAGAGUUUUAAUAUUAGAAACUUAAUAAGAAUAAAAAAAAAUGAUAAUUAUACAAAUAA